CCACAACAAAGGUAGAGCAUAAAGAAAUGGCAAGGUGCGCUACAGCGGUUCUCGUGGCAGUGGUGGUGGCCAUGCUGGUGGCUACGCCUCAUAUUAAUGCUACAAUAUCUUGUGAACAGGUUGUAAUCUGGUUGACCCCCUGCAUUAGCUAUGGGAUUUUUGGGGGGAAGGUGGCGCCUGAGUGUUGUUCCGGCAUGAAGGCACUCAACGCUGCUGCUAACACCACAGCGGAUCACAGGAGCCAGUGUCAGUGUGUUAAAGAAGGUGCUGCAAGGAUCCCUGGACUCAACUACACCAAGGUCAAUGAGCUGCCUGAUAUAUGUGGGACUCAUUGUCCCUACCGUCUUACCACUGAUCUUGACUGCUCAAAGGUGAACUGAGUGUUCAAGGAAGGUGGGCCUACGAGAUGCAAUAAGGCUUAUCAUGGAAGUGCAAACCCAGAAAUGAAUAAGGCUUCUAGUAAAAGUUAAAUAAAGACCAAUUUGAUUGUAACCAAUAAGAACGAUGAGGUUCAAAAUGUUGAACUUUGUAUUUGUUUAGUGCAAGAAAAUAAUAUAGUAGUUAAUCUUUG